AUGGCUGCUUCACCAUCAGACACGGUGGCAUUCAUUGGCCUUGGGGUGAUGGGCUACCCAAUGGCGCUGAAUCUGCACGCCGGUUUGGGCUUGGACAAAACCCUCCUCAUCUGCGACACAAACCUGGAAGCGUUGGACAGAUUCAAAGCCGAGGCAAGGGGCAAGGCGACAGUCAAGGUAGUUCCCAACGGCUUCGAAGCGGCUAGGGCAGCAAAAACAGUUUUCACUAUGCUACCAGGUUCUGGUGCCGUUAAAUCGGUCUAUUUGGACCAUCAAACUGGCAUCCUCGCAGGAGCUGUGGCGGCUGCAGAGCAGUCGGGACGAAGCCCUGAACGCAAGAUAGUAGUCGAAUGCGGAACCAUCGAGACCGACUGCAUCCAUUCUGUCGCAGCUUCGUGCCGGGAGGUUUCCACUUCCAAGCUCUCGGACACUCUUGUCUUUGUUGACGCGCCUGUUUCAGGCGGGCCCAUGGGCGCCAGUGCUGCCACUCUCACCUUCAUGGUGGGUUGCCAACCAUCCUUAUCACAUGAAGUAUUUCCCAUUGUCAAGUCGUAUCUGGGGCACAUGGGCAACCGAGAGGGCAUAUUUCUGUGCGGGGACGUCGGUGCGGGCACAGCUUUCAAGAUAAUCAACAACUAUCUAAGCGCAAUCACUUCUCUGGCCGCAUCCGAGGCGCUCAACAUUGGCGUGAAAGCCGGGCUUGACCCCAAGACGCUCACUGAUGUCAUCAAUGCCAGCGGCGGCCAGUGUUGGGUCACAAGCAAGAGCAACCCAGUCCCGGGGGUUCAAGCUAACGUUCCGAGUAGCCGGGGCUACGAGGGAGGAUUCAGGAUUGAGCUAUGUGCCAAGGUAUUGGGCAUGGGAACCAAGUUGGCCGAGAGCGUCGGGGCGAGGACCAUCCUGGACAAGCCCACACAGCAAGCAUUCAGCGAGGCAAUGGGGGACGAAAGGUACUCUGGGAAAGAUGCGAGGGUUGUUUACCAGUGGUUAAAUAAGUCUACAUAG